UAUGAGAUUCUCAGCUUUGUUCUCUGUCUUGUUUUACAGUCGCGCAGUGUGGACAAGCAGCAUGCUGUCGUCAACUACAACCCAGCCACAGACGAGCACAUGGUGAAGGACCUGGGCAGCCUGAAUGGGACUUUUGUGAAUGAUCUGAGAAUCCCAGACGAGACUUACAUUACCCUGAUGCUCUCUGAUGUCAUCCGCUUUGGAUAUGAUUCUCAUGUGUACAUCAUGGAGAGGAGUCAACACAAGGUGCCAGAGGAGGCUCUCAAACAUGAGAAGUACACCAGCCAGCUGCAGAUGAGUAUGAAGGCACUGGAGGCCAGGAAGAAGGAGAAGGAGAGGCAGCAUGUUAAGGAGAAGACCAGAGACUCAUCCUGCUUCAAACAGGAGAAAGCAGAGCAUAAAGCUGCCCUCGCAGCAGUGGCCAGCGAGGCUCCAGUGUCCAGACCCACUCCUCUGUAUGGCCAGCCGUUGUGGUGGGGGGAGGAUGAUGCUGAACACAGUGAAGAACAGCGGCCAGACGAGGACCCUGCAGAGAAUACUAAAGAGGGCUCCAGACAUGAGGUCAGCGGCUCCCUGUCAGACAGCCAGGCCAAGACAAUCUACUCACACCACAGGGAGCCAAGCUACUUUGAGAUUCCCACUAAGGAGUUCCAGCAGCAGGAGCUCCAUGAGGUUCCCACUAAGGACACUGACUCCCCUUCUCUCCCUGUCCCUGUUCUCCCUCCAGUCCCCACCUCCACACCCCCUGUGGUGCAGAGCCACGCCUCCUUCACCAUUGAGUUUGAUGAAUGCACACCAAGCAAGAUCAAGAUCAAGGACCAUGUGAACAAGUUUUCCUUCCGCCAGCAACGCAAGCUCCCGGGUAAGGAGGCGGUGACAGCGCCUACUGAGGUGAUAUCAGCGGAGUGCAAGGUGGCUGAUUGGCUGGUCCAAAGCGAUGUGAGCAUGAUGAGGAGGUCUCAGACAGAGGACAUGUUCAGCUCAAAGAGUGGCCUGCCCAUCUGCAACGAGGCUUCCACAGGCCACCACCAUGAGGAUGGGAUUCGGAGUGACUCUGAGGAUCCUGUUGUAAACGGGAAACAGGCUGUCCAAUUAAAGCCACCGAUGGGCCCUCACACAUCUCUACCACCCCAGCUGGCCCUCCCUAGACCCUUCACCAACCCUGACUCAGAGGAUCCUCAGUCUCACUCCCCUCCUCCGAGCCAGGACAAAGCAGACCCCCAGCAGGGCUUCGUCAUUGAGUUCUUUGACGACAAUCCACGCAAGAAGCGCUCACAGUCCUUCACCAACAACACAGGCCAGCUCGACAGCCCGGCCCUCAGGAACAAGCCGGCGAAAAGGUGCGGCCCCAGCACCCCCACCCAGCAGUACACCAUUCCCUUGAAGGGCCCGGGUUCUGGAGGCCCCCAGAGGGCCGGCUCCCUGAGGAGGGAGAAGAUGGAGGAUUGGAUCAGUAACGGCAUCUCCUCCUGCUCCAUCCCUCCCAGGCCGUUUAGAAGUGUGGGCCGCAGGUCCAAACUGGCCCAGGACUUCACGGCUGAGUUCCUGAGGGAGUCCAGACAGGAGUCUAGGCCGAGCAUGAACACAACCUGGGAGAAGAAUACGUCACCUGUGUCUCCUACCACCAGCCCACCACCAACAGUAGAGGCAACAGCCCCCCACUCCCACCCGCCCACACCAAGCCCCCCUCAGCCCCCUGUCCCAUACCUGACUCAGACCUCAUCCGGUGCCCACCAGUCUGUGCCCCUGAAAGCCCCUCUAAUGCCCAUGGCCCCACGCAGCCUGGAGGCCCCACGCAGCCUGGAGGCCCCACGCAGCCUGGAGGCCCCACGCAGCCUGGAGGCCCCACGCAGCCUGGAGGCCCCACGCAGCCUGGAGGCCCCACGCAGCCUGGAGGCCACAAUCCCCAAAGGCCUGGGGAACGAGGAGGAUGAUACCUUGAGUGAAGCAGGCACCUACACCAUUGAGACAGAGGUCCAGGAUAAAGAGGUGGAGGAGGCACGCAGCAAGAUAGAACAGGUACCUGGUGGCUCUAAGUGGGUGUCUCGCUGGGCCAGCCUGGCAGACAGCUACACACACUCUGGCCCUGCCUCAGGCCUCUUCGAAAUCCCCUCACAGAUGGACCUGUCAGGAGGAGUUGGGGGGAGGACCGUCCAUCAGGCGACGCUCAGUCGGAACAUCAAUAGUGUGGAAUCGGAAGGCCAGAGUUCCAGAACACAGCGUAUUCCUUCUCAGGCACCAUCGAUGGAAAAUAAUGAGACUCCAACUCCCAGCAUUCUUAUCCAUCAGGACACUUACUUUACCUAUGAUAUCAAAGAGAGGAGCUCCAGAGUCCUUGGACCACAGGAGGACCUCCACAACCUGUCUGUACAGGACAACCUUGACCAAGACAGCCUGAGUGAUGCCAGUAAGUCAGACGACGGCUCCAUCGUGGAGCAGAGGAAGAUGCCCACACCAGAGAGGACAGACAAGAGUACAUCUCAGACCAGUAAAAAGGAGAGGCCCACACUCCCAGCCAAGUCUACAUCAUUCUACAUUGGCUCUAAGGAGACUGUGUCCAAACAGGAGCGGGGAUCGAGACCCAAUACACCUAAGAUUGAGAGAAAACCACCACCACCUCCCAACACACCACAGUUCUCCACAGCCACCCUGACCAAACAACAGGGUGGACAAGACUUUCAGAAGACAGUCAAGCUCAACUCAUCCGCUCCCAAGCUUGACUACCAGGGCAGAAACAGCCCUCAGCCCAAGGAGAUCUCAGUGUCUCUGGUCAGGCAGGAGAGCUUCAUUAAGGACCAGCCAAGUGAUGCUGCCCAGGUCACCAGACUCCCACACAUCUCCAGCCAGCCUGCUCUGAGUGACCCUGACCCUGCUGAGGCGUUCCAGGGUGUUUGCAGCCAGGACACCCACUCCUACCUCAAUGGGACCGGGGACGCUCUGGCUGCCCUGGCGGCCAAGCUCCAGGCCCAGCCGCCUGAUGUUGCUCCUUGCCCCAUAGAUUACUCUCUGUCUGGGGAGUCUGACAUGGACUCAGCGAGCACUGCCAGCCUGUGCAACAACCAGACUGCCCCCAAGACCGGAUCCAAGAAGCCCUUUAUCACUUGUGGCCUUCAGAGGGAGAGGUUCUCUGCCAGCUCCUUCACCCAGGAGCCCAGUCGCCAGCAGUCAGCCCUCGAUCGCCUGUCAGAGAAGCGGCGGUCCCAGAGAGUGGACAGUAGCAGGAAGCCUGAACAAGACAGAAGGCUGGGGAUGAGAUGCUGUGUUGUAAAACAUGGCACCAUGGACCUGAGCGAUGACCCCCAGAGCUUCAGCUUACCCUACUGGCCUGAAACCAUCUCCUCAGACCAGGAGGGCUCCCGGCCCGCUGCAUGCAAGAAGUACACCGUCCCCCUGCAGAAGGAGAAUCCCACUAAGUCCUCCAAAGUGGCCCAGGCCCUAAGCCGCUCCAACAGCAUGUCUGCCCCACGGCCCACAAGAGCUUCAAUGCUUCGCCGGGCUCGCCUGGGCGAGGCAUCAGACAACGAGGUUACAGAGACGGACAGAACCUUCCAGAACUCCCAGGAAGCCAGUGGAACCUCCAAGGCCUCCCAGGACAGUAAGAAGCAGCUCUCCAGGCUGGACAUGCUGGCUCUGCCCCGGAAGAGGACUAGCUCCUUCACCACUCCCAGUGAUACAGAGUCCUCCGCACCCAGGACAGGCUUCUCCAACCGCAGCACAGAGUCCAACAGCGGCUCUGGCCUUAAGGCCUCCGUGGCCGGGCCCAGCACUAAGCCUGCGCUAGGCAGGGCCUCUGGAGCUCCAGGCAAGCUCGUCACCCGCGUCCGCUCCAGCAGUGCCAAAUACACCAGCAGCACAGCCAGCUCUAGACGACGACAGAAAGGCUCUGACUACACCUCCACCUCCGAGGAGGAAUUUGACUCUAACCAGAGCACCCUUAAACACAAACGCUCACACACCCCCUCAGCUUCCCGCUCCCAGCCUCUCAUCCCCCCACGCCCCAAACCCCGCUCACGAGACUCGGACCAGGAGAGUCACGAGGGAGACGCCUACCAGAACUGGUCCUCUCACAGUGCUGAGAUAGCAAGACUGAGUCAGGACCUGGCUAAAGAUCUGUCCGUCUUAGCCAGGGAGAUCCAUGAUGUGACUGGUGAUGCUGAUCCUCAGAGCUCUUCUGCAGUGGAGGCCAAUACACCUGUCUCUACCAUCACCGCCAGGGAGGUGUUGGUCCAUCCCAUCCCAGAGGCUGGUGUGAACUACCUUAGAGUUCCUCCUGGAUCCGCUGCAGCCAGGGACCCCGACCAAACCAUUAUGAAUGACCAGGAAUACAACUCCAAGCACAGAGGAUGGAACCAGGAAGUGGUUGUUGUGGAUGAUCUGAUGUUGAUUCCAGUGUCCCAGAUCUCUCUGGCUAUUCGAGAAAACACAGAGCAGCUAGCUGAGAAAAUAAAGGUACUAUUCCACAACAAAACUAACGUUUGGGAGGAGAUUGAAUCAAAGCUCAAUACUGAAAAUGACAUCCCUGUCCUGAAAGGCUCAAACAAGGAAAUCACAGCUAUUCUGAAAGAGCUCAGAACAGUUCAGAGACAACUUGAAGUCAUCAACACUAUCAUUGAGCCCAGUGGAAAUCUUGAGCCAGCCAAAGCCUCCACUCCUAGUGCCCCCUCCUCAGCCGGGUUGAAGCCAUCCAGGGCCCCUUCGAGAUACUGGAGAACCUCAGGUUCCCAGCGGGGUGGGGUUCCCUCUGCCAGCUCCAGGCCCAGUGAGAGUGUCAGGAGAUCAGUUGUGGCCUCUGAGGCAGAGAGCUACGUGGUCUGAGGUUUUGGAACACAGUGCCUCCCCUUCACUGCUGCACCACAAUUCCAGGUGUUGAGAGAGUGGAUUAGAGAGGGGGAAAUAGGCACUGCUAGGAGAACUGUGGCCCCACCGCACAAAGACACUACUGUACUGUGUGUGCACUACUAGACAACUGCAAUGCACAUUGAACUGCCAUGGUGUGAGAAAGGGGUUGUACGAGACACAUAAAGCCAUACAGUGGUUAGUUCAGUCGAGGGAAAAUCCCUUUAAAGGCCCAAUGCAGCUCUUUUUAUAUCAAUAUAAAACAAAUUCUGGAUAACAUAUAAGAACCUUACUGUAAUAGAUUUAUAUUCAAAUUGACAAAAAUAACUUUUUACACAAACUAUUUCUCAAGCAAUAAUUUUGC